GUCCCGCCGCGGCUUAAGAGUGACCACAACUGUAUAAUUUGACCAUUGGAAAUAAAAAAAUCGCUAAUAUCAGAAAUUUACAUACUGCAAAAAACAUCGGCAUCAGCACUUAAGAGCCUCGUUCUCAUUAAAUGUCCUUUAGCAGCCCACGAUAUUACGCUUGUGUCUAGACUGAUUCUAUUAAAAGCUACGAGCUGACCAAAUCAACUUCCGCACAGACGAACGUUUUUCAAUGACAUAAGCGAUGAAAUAAAACUUCUUUUACCAUACAAAUUACGUGGCCAGACACUGGAUUAAUACAUCAAUCCGGCAGACUUUGGAAAAACAUGAUUAGUGUCCGGUUUUUUUACUUUCGAUUGUCGGUAUACGAUGAAAAUCACAGCUUGCAUUCUACAGAUUCUAUUACAAAUCGGUACUUGUGCGAUGGUAAAACAUUACAAUACUUCAACAGGGAGGUCAGUUUUGUGUGAAUCUGUCAAAUGUCAAGGAGCACUUGAAUUUUGCCACGUGAACUACACAAGAGAUAUUUGUAAUCCGUGUCCACUAGGCUCGUAUAUGGUAGAUACGAUUGAUUCACGAUAUUUUGAAAAUGACAGAUCUGUUUUCAAAUGUGUUGACAGUAUGCAUUGGUCCUGUCCGCCAGAGGCAGAGAUGGUUUAUGGUAAAAUAACAGAUACCCAUCAGCCUCCAUGUGAAUGUGAUAGGUCAAGAGGGUAUUAUGGGUCAAACUUUUAUAAUUGUGAAUUAGUAGAGGAACCAUGUGGAAAAGGAUUAGAAUUAUCUAUUCGUGGAAACUGUGUGCCUUGUCCGUAUGGUACUUUCAAAAGAACUAAAAGCUUUGAACUUUGUAUCAAGAAAACAAAUUGUACAUCGUUCAACAGAUACGCAAUAAGCCUAGGGAGUACUCAUUCAGAUGCAAUUUGUGGGCCUUUAAUGCGCAUUACAGCUUCAACCGAAAAGGGUCAUAAACAUUAUUCAAACAAUGACUAUGAAAAGUCCACAGUUGAUGUGCAUUCAAUCCCAUACAAGUCCAAAACUAGUGAUGAAAUAUCAAAUAUUUUUACUAAAAGAAAUAUUUUUCUUAUUAUUAUCAUUAUUCCUGCUGUGAUAUUAGUUAUUGUUGGACCUAUAGCGAUAGGAUUUUGUAUCAAGAACAAAUAUUCUGUUCACAUUAAAUGUUGCAUGGAAAUCAAUAGGAAGAGUGGCAGAUCUAGUAGAAAAACAUACGAUAUUCCUCUAAAAGACCAGGAUAAAGGAAGUGUAGGAAGCGGAUGCAGUGUUGACCCUCAACCACUAAAUACCGAUAUUCAAAUUGACAAUGUACCUGAAGGUCAAGAGGAAAGUGAUAUUACUAGAAUAACUGUUCAUGUACACAGUAAAAAUGAUACUCAGCUAUUUAGUGAAGAUAACAGAAAUUCAGAGAAUUUACUGUAAAAUAAAUCUUGACAAAGAAAAUGCUAUUUUUAAGGAGUCAAUGUAAGGAUCUGUAUGAUUUCAAUUACUAGCAGACUAAAAGCAGAUUACGUGUUCAGACUUUGCUUUCAAGGAUCUGAACAAUUGUACUUUUAGUUCUGGUAAUUAAUAAAUCGGCCAAUGAAAUUUAAGCUUUCAAAUUUUUAAAGGUGUGCAGUGAUCCGACAAAUCUAGAGGAUCCCGAAAGGUUCUUGAAACAAAAAUUAGAAUGGAGUAUUUUUAAAUUAUUGUAAGCAAAGCCUGGACACGUACUCUGUGUAAAAUCAGAUUGUGUAUGAUUUAUAAAGGCAAAAUAUUUCAUGUAUUGGCAGUAAGCUGAACGUUGUGAAAUUACAAAUGCAAUAGGUGAUAUUUGUUAUGCUUUGUUUGUAAAUCAUAUGAAAACAUUUGGGAUCACUCCCCCUAAGAAUGCAUAAAAUAUUAUUGCAAUGACUAUUAACCAAUAGACCAUUUUCGAGUUUGUUUGUCACCGGAAAAAAAACUAGUCAACUAUGCGCGCCUUUAUGAUGUCAUUUACCAGAUAAAGGGGAAAGACUGUAUCACUGUACUUUUAACAUCCAUCAAGCGUUUGAGUGAUCGUC